UCAUUUCUAUAACCACUUUUAUUCACGUCGCUUAUUCAAUAGCUACACCGGAGGUUAGGUUUGCGGAUCCAACUACUACGAUGGCGGUGUCCUCGAUGAUAUUGCAUUUUGGGCUACUUGGGAUUUUACAAUAUUAUUAGUGCUUUUUUGUGUAGCAAAGUUCGUAAUCGGGAUGCCAUUUGUCACGAUAUUUCUAAUAUACAAGUAUAGAAGAAGGCACUUGGCAAAUGAUAAGAACAUCGAAGAAUUUUUGCAAGCUCAUAACAACUUUUUGCCCAUAAGGUACUCUUACUCGAAUAUUAAGAAGAUCACCAGAAAUUUUAAGCACAAACUAGGUGAAGGGGGAUUUGGUUCCGUAUACAAAGGAACGCUCAGAAGUGGCAAUGAAGUGGCCAUCAAGAUUUUGAAGAAGUCCAAGGCCCAUGGCCAAGAUUUUAUUAGUGAAGUGGCUACCAUUGGAAGAAUUCACCAUGUUAAUGUAGUGCAACUCAUCGGUUUUUGCUUUGAAGGCUCGAAACAAGCUCUCGUGUAUGAUUUCAUGUCAAAUGGAUCUUUAGAUAAGCACAUUUUCACUGAGGAAGGUGAUAAGUUUCUUGAUUACAAGAAAAUAUAUGAGAUCGCCCUUGGAGUGGCGAAGGGGAUUGAAUAUUUACAUCGGGGUUGUGACAUGCAAAUACUACACUUUGAUAUUAAACCUCACAACAUUCUUUUAGACAAGAAUUUCACUCCGAAAGUUUCUGAUUUCGGACUCGCGAAACUUUAUCCUAUUGAUCAUAGCAUAGUCUCAGUGACUGCUGCAAGAGGAACCUUGGGAUAUAUGGCACCAGAGUUGUUCUACAAAAACAUUGGCGGUGUAUCUUAUAAAGCGGACGUCUAUAGCUUCGGGAUGUUGCUUAUGGAAAUGGCAGGUAGAAGGAAAAAUGUAAAUGCGAAAGCGGAACACUCAAGCCAAAUUUAUUUUCCACUGUGGGUAUACGAUCAAGUCAAUGAAGGAGAAAGUGUUGAAAUGGAAGAAGUUGUAGAAGAGGAAAGGAUUGUGACAAAAAAGAUGAUAAUAGUUGCACUUUGGUGUAUACAGUUAAUUCCUGACCAUCGGCCCCCAAUGAACAAAGUCUUAGAAAUGCUUGAAGGAGAUAUUGGUAAUAUUCAAAUGCCUCCAAAACCAUUUAUUUACCCACCAGAUGAGACAGUUGACGAUGACAAAGCCGAGAUGGAAUUAGAAACAUUCUCAACUUUAUCAAGCGCUCCCAUAAUUUCAGCUAGUUUUCCAUUUGGAGAUAGCAAUGAUGUUUAGAGCACCAUGCACAAUUUGAUUGGAAAAGCUUUGUUCCCCACAAUAUAGUAUUAUGUUGGGAGGGAGUAGAGCUCGUUUAGCUUGCCAGUGAUUACAUUUUGUCUUCUUCUAGCUCCUAGGUUACUGUUGUAUUGUUGUACUUCAUAUAUAGUUUCACUUUCUUGCAUCCUCCUUCAAGAGGUUACAGAUAUUGGUUAGAAAGCAAAUACAAAAACGGUGGGGAAAGGGACAGACAUUGAGGAUUUUCCUCCCUCAUUACGUAAUGUAGGGUAAUUCCAAUUAAAAAGCUAAUUAUAAUACACGAUCUUGCUACUUAAUUACUACAGGCAUAAUCAACGACUUAUGAAUUUAUUUUCAGAGAAAAUAUCCAUAUAUACGUUUUACAAAGUAGACACAUAUGUCUAUGCGAGAAACAACUUUUAUUAAAGUGGAAAGGAAGAAGGUCCUAGAUGAAACAAUUCUAUGAAGUCUAUAUUGGAAGGAACUCAUAUUCCGUUUUAACAUGAAAUUAUUGACGAGUAAUUCUACGAAAUUUUCUUUGUUUCUUCUUAUAUUAGGCCAUGCUUUAUUAGUUUAAUUUGAUGAACUUUUUCAUCUCUCCUGUCUGAUUAACAAAAACUUUAUUUGAUUUAGAAUUUACGUGAAUUACUUUUAACUUCACUAUAAUUUGAUAUACCAUCUUGUUCAUUAAGAAAACCAUGUCCAUGGGUGGUCCAUAUUGUAACCCUUCUUAAGCUUGGACCCCAGAUGGGACGCAUGUGUAGGUUCAUAUAAUAACCUUCUUUGGGAAGCGUUCUCUACAUGUUCGUCUUAUGUGAAUUCUAACUAAUCCAGUUAAUCAUCCCUUAACCAAA